UCGCAAUUGAAAUCAGUAUCACUUAUCAAUCAAAGCAGUUCAUAUCAAUACAGAACUUUGAUUACUUUUAUAAAAUGGCCAAGUUGGUGGUUUGUUUUCUUAUUGUAACCAUUAUUUGUGCUUACAUUUGUGCUGGAGAAGAAGAAGUAAGAGGAGAUGAAAUCGAACAUGGACACAUGCGAUUUGUAAGAGAAGCUAGUGCUGAUCCUGAUCCACAUCACAAAGGCAAGGGAUAUAAUAUGGGACAUAAUAUGGGGCAUAAUAUGGGACACAAUAUGGGGCAUAAUAUGGGGCGUAAUAUGGGGCAUAAUAUGGGACACAAUAUGGGACAUAAUAAGGGCUAUGGUAAAGGAUAUAACAAAGGUCAUAGAGGAAGUAAAGGCCACAAAGGACAUCACUAUUAAUAAAAUUCUUCAAUAAUCUUCAUUGAAAAGAAUAAUAAUAAAAACAAAAGCUAUUUUUAUUAUUAU